AUGUCUGUAUUAGACACAGUCCUGGGCAUUAUCUUCUUUUCUCAGACUGGAGUUGGGGUCCUGGGCAACUCCUUCUUCCUCUACCUUUUUGCCUUCAGCAGUCAUAGGUCAAGACCAAUGGAUGCCAUUCUGAUCCAACUUACCAUGACUAAUGCCAUAGUGCUCAUUUCCCAUGGGGGCCCACAAGCAAGUUUCCGUUUGGGCAAAGGUUUCUUUCUGGGAAACACAGGCUGUAAAAUGAUAUUUUAUCUCCAAAGGGUCAGCCGGGGCCUCUCCAUUGGGACCACCUUCCUCCUGAGUGCUUUUCAGGCUGUCACUAUUAGUCCCAGCAGCUCUAGGUUGGCCAAAGUCAAAGUCAGAGUUCUGAAGCUCGUCAGGCCCUCGUGUUUCCUCUGCUGGAUAGCCAACAUGGCCAUAGAAAUAAACGUGCCCAUCUAUAUAACUGGCUCAAGGAGCAGCAACAGCAGCCACACAGGCGGAUUCAAUCUUCUUUAUUGUUACUGGGAAAAGGUGUUUAAGGAGGCGAUUGUGCUGCCCACCCUUCGAGACGUCCUUUUUGUAGGAUGCAUGAUUGGCACCAGCAGCUACAUAGUCGUCCUACUGUGUAGACAUCACCAGAGAGUCCGGCACCUUCACAGCACGAGCCUCUCCCCAAGGGUAUCUCCAGAGAUCAAGGCCACCCAAACCAUCCUGCUGCUGGUGGGCAUCUUUGUUUUUGCCUAUUGUAUCAGUUGUGGCUUUGCUCUCUAUAAAGUGUAUGCCAUUCACUCUGGUGCCUGGGUGGUGAUUGUGUCAACCCUGACUGCACUGUGUUUUCCAACCAUCAGCCCCUUUUUCCUGAUUUACAGGGACACUCAGAUCUUCAAGCCGUGCUGUGCUCCCUUGUAG